AUGUCUUCCUGCUAUGAAGUGUUCCCCAGUCAAGACCUUCCCUACCCAAUCCAAAGCCGGUUGCCGGUGAUCUCUGACAUAGACGGCCUGUCCAACUUCCGCGACGUCGGGGGUUAUCCUGUGGCAGGAGGAGGGUCCAUCAAGAAGGGACUUCUCUUCCGCUCAUCCAAUCUCCAAGAUGUCCCCAAAGUCGGGGCGGAAAAGCUAAGGACCCGCCAUGGGAUCCAUGCCAUAUUUGACCUGCGCUCCGGGAUUGAGGUCCCUCCACCAAACCGCCAUCUAUCCGCUAUCCCGAUCACACACGCUCCAGCGCUCUCUGACCUGAAUGAUGAUCGGAUACUCGACUAUCUGGAAAGCCUCGCCACGGACGAUACGUCCACCGUGACCGCAGAGCUCUACCUUUGGAUCUGCGCCAUGUCAACAGCAGCUUUCCGCGCCGUCUUCACGUAUUUGCGGGAUAACCCACAAUGCCCCAUCCUGAUCCAUUGUGAGCUCGGCAAAUACCGAACCGGAAUUUGCAUGGCCAUCAUCCUUCUCAUGCUGGGGUUUUCCGAUCAACACAUCAUCCGAGACUAUCAGCUCUCUCAGGACGGUAUCAAGUCCAUCAUUCCUGAGAGGCGGCUGAAGUUAUUGCAGUUGCCGCUCCUGGUCGAUUCGGCAGUCCCGCCAGUCGCACUUGACAGGCAUUUCUUGGCUUCCCCCGACACCAUGCGGAAGUUUUUGAUGCGCUUCAGGCAGACUUAUGGAAGUGGUCAAGGCUAUCUGUUGUCCAUUGGCUUUAGUAGCGACGACUGCGAUAUCAUUAGGCAGAAUCUUAUCACAAGCCCUACAUUGAGUUGGCUGAAUCAGCUGUGA